GUGAGCGGCGGGGAGAAGUAACCGGGACCCUGCGAGCAGCUCCGGCAGACGCUGAAUUUCACAUCCCGCCGUCAGGUUACCCGAGCUGGUCGCGUCAGUGCUGCGGGAGGGUUUCACCUGCUUUCUGACCCGAAGACGUCCGGCACAGACCCGACAGCCACCAUGUCAGGGUUACCGCUGCAGACUGGGAACCUGCAGAAUCUGGAUCAGUGGGAUAUUCUUGACCCAGAGUUUCAGCAGCGCUUAGAAGAUGCUCGAACACUGCUCAGGCAGCAGAUCCAGCGGGAGCUGAAGAUCAAGGAGGCGGCCGAGAGGCUACGCCGGGCCGUCACCAACCGCAAGAGUGCGGCCGAUGUGGAGGGCCAACUUAAGGCCUCGAGCCGCAAGCUGGAGAAGUUGCACUGGGAGCUGCAGGAGCUCAAUGCGAGGUCUAUGGCCACAGAGAAAGAUGGUGCCAUGGGUCACUUAGAGGAAGAAGAAAACCAGCCAGGAGAGACGUGUCAGUGGGAAGAGGUCACACCACCGCUGGCCAGUCGAGUUAGGACGCUGAAGAAACAGCUGACCAUGGAGACCAAGGUCAAACAGGGUGCUGAGAACAUGAUCCAGACUUACACUAACGGCUCGUUUAAGGACAGGAAGAUGCUGUCUGCAGCCCAGCAGAUGUUGCAGGACAGUCGCACUAAAAUAGAGCUGCUGCGCUUGCAGAUCAUCAAAGUCAGUCAAGCCAGAGACGGAGAGCGGGAUGCCGUACAUGGCCACCCUGUGGAGAUGACCAGUCCCCUCGAGCUGCGGGUAGCUGAACUAAUUCACCACAUGAAGAUCGAAUCAGCUGUAGCAGAGGGAGCCAAAAAUGUGGUGAAGCAACUGAGCGGGCGUAAAAUCCAGGACCGCCGAAUACUCGCCGAAGCCCAGGCACGAAUGCAGGAGUCAUCUCAGAAGGUGGAUUUGUUGCGUCUCUCCUUGGAGAGACGUUUAAGUGAGCUGCCUCAUGAUCAUCCCACACGUGCUACCAUUAAAGAGGUUUUAAUGGCAGGCACCUCACCUUCUCACGGCACUCCAAAGAAACAGUCCCAGGCCCCGUCCUCUUCCUCAUCUUCAUCUUUCUUCAGACCUGCCAGUCUAACAGGUCGUUUAGAAGUGUGUUUGAUGGGCUGCCAGGACCUGUUGGAGUCAGUUCCAGGUCGUGCUCAUGAGUCCGGUGUCUUGACCACCUCUGGGAGCCUCUCAGACACAAAGUCCCUGAAGGUCCGAGCUGGCCUAUCAGUACGCAGUACUAAUGGCAAGACAGCCAAGGCUGAAGACCUGUCCUCUGAGAUAAGUGCAGUGCUGAAGGUGGACAACAGGAUCGUGGGGCGCACACACUGGAGACAGCUGGGCAAAGAGGCCUGGGGCCAGAGCUUCAGCACUGAACUGGAACGGUCCAGGGAGCUGGAAAUUGCUGUGUACCGGAGAGACUGGCGAGCGUUAAGUGGAGUGAAGUUCUUGCGGCUGGAAGACUUCCUGGAUAACCAGCGGCACGGCAUGUGUCUCCAGCUGGAGCCUCAGGGCAUCCUCUUCAUUGAGGUGACGUUUAUAAAUCCUGUCAUCGAGCGUCCCUUCAAGCUCCAAAGACAGAAGAGAAUUUUCCCUAAAGAAAAAGGGAAGGACUUCCUGCGUGCUACCCAGAUGAACAUGAACUUUGCUGCCUGGGGCCGUUUGAUGAUGAGCAUCCUGCCUCCAUGCAACUCCCUGGAGCCCAUGAGCCCUCCAUUAGCAGGCCCCAAUGCUACAUCAACCCCUCCACCAGCUCACGAACCUGCUGUAAUGAGUCUGAAUUUUGCUGAAGAACCGUCAGGCAAAUCUCCACAUCACAUCAGAAAGACCAGUAAAGACUCUCCACUGUCGUCCGAUGAGAACAAGAGCCCAAAGCCCAAAAGACAGCCCUCUGUUCAUCCACCUACACAGAAAAAUAAAGGGCUUCAGAUGGAAGACUUCAAGUGUAUUUCAGUCCUAGGGAGAGGUCACUUUGGAAAGGUGCUGCUGACUGAGUAUAAGAAGUCGGGUAAACUGUACGCCAUCAAAGCCCUGAAGAAAGGCGACAUUGUGGCGCGUGAUGAAGUUGACAGCCUCAUGUGUGAAAAGAGGAUCUUCGAAGUGAUCAACGCCUCUCGUCAUCCGUUCUUGGUGAACCUGUACGGCUGCUUCCAGACCGAAGACCACGUGUGCUUUGUGAUGGCCUACUCGCCCGGAGGAGACCUCAUGACACACAUUCACACCAGCAUCUUCAGUGAGAGUCAGGCUCGGUUUUACUCCUCAUGCGUGCUGAUGGGUCUCGAGUUUCUCCACCAAAACAAGAUAGUUUACAGGGACCUGAAGCUGGACAAUCUGUUAAUGGAUGCAGAUGGUUUCGUAAGGAUAGCAGAUUUUGGCUUGUGCAAAGAAGGAAUGGGCCACGGGGAUCGUACGUCAACAUUUUGUGGCACACCAGAGUUCCUGGCUCCAGAAGUGCUAACAGACAGCACCUACACCCGCAGUGUGGACUGGUGGGGGCUUGGGGUCCUCAUCUACGAGAUGCUGGUGGGGGAGUCUCCUUUCCCCGGUGAUGAUGAGGAAGAAGUGUUUGACAGCAUUGUCAAUGAUGAUGUGCGCUACCCUCGCUUCCUUUCUCCUGACGCUGCAGCCCUCAUUCAGAAGCUGCUGCAGAAAGAUCCUGAGCUGAGACUGGGAGCAGGAGAGGAGGACGCCUCGGAGAUCAAAAGACACAAAUUCUUUCAGGAAAUGGACUGGGAUGCUCUCCUGGCCAAGAAGGUGAAGCCGCCGUUCCUGCCGGUCAUUCGAGCGCCACAGGAUGUCAGUAACUUUGAUGAAGAAUUCACUCGGCUCAAACCAGUCCUCACGCUCCCGCGAACACCCUGCACCCUCACUGCCGAGCAACAGCAAAUCUUUGCAGACUUUGACUUCUCUUUCAUUAGUUGACCACAGGGAUUCAAACUCUGCCGUACUCACCGUGCAGCUCUUCUGACUGAGGAGCAGAAGCUGAGAAACGACAUCACCUCUGUGGCCAGUUUACUCCAGCACACUACUAAGUCCUUCAGAUAUCACUCUCUGCUUAGCUGAGAUUUGAUUUCAUCAUACAGAAGUUACUUUUAGCAGCUGUGUUUUUGCCAAAUUGAUUUUGAUGUUUUUUCAUUAAGCAUUAGGAGUAAAAUAUAUUUACUGUGUGCAACAAUGUCUCUGAAAAGUAGCACAAAAUCCAAAGUACUAACCUGUAAAUAUUUGUGAUCUUAAUGAAAAUUCAGCUGACUGCAAAAAGCACUGAAUGUACCUUUCCAUGUAUCAUUUUAAGUGUAUCUGGAACCUGUUUGUUAAAUGCUGAAAAUGGUCGAGAUGCUUACUUCUGCUAUAGAUA